AUAACCUUCCAUAAAUUCAAAGGAAUUUGGUGAAUUGAUAUACUUUCACACCAGAAAAAAUUGCUUCUUUAUGGCUACCACCCAUCCUGUUCCUGGGACAGGUCCCAAAAGUCCACUCCGUCCAUCGAGAAAAGAGGAGGGUGAGCAGGCAUACAUAGUGGGUCUCACAUUUUGAGGAUAUUGUAGGUUCACACGAAUUUCAUAAUUAUUAAAAUGCCUGCGUUUACCAAAACAUUGUAUUCGAAAGAGCAUCCUUGUUUUUGGGGGUUCAAUCAAUGCUUCGAAAGAAAAAGAAAUAAACCGACUAGGCGAGGACAAGAACAGGCGGUUGUUGAAAAGUACUUCCCUCAGAUAACGCCUGCGAAACAUUUUUUCCGUGUCCGUAAGUGCGAACAGAACCGAAAACUUGUCCUUGUGCGGCAGGAGCUAGUAUGGGGGUCAGUGAGGACGACAUACAAAUGACGACGCUGCUAAAUGAGAGAAAACUGAAGGCAAGAGCGUACGCUGUAGAAGGAGAGGAAUCCUCUGAGUUCCGGAGGAAGAUGGCGGGGUGUCUGGGUGGUGGUAAGGUGACCAAGAAAUGCAUGAAGGAGUCCAAGAAGACAUGGCAGAUAGCUGCGCCUGCUAUUCUUUCAGCAGUUGCGCAGUUCUCAAUUGGGGUUGUAACUUCUGCUUUUGUUGGGUAUGUGGGUGAUGUAGAAUUUGCUGCUGUUUCUGUUGUCCAGAAUGUGCUUGAAGGCUUUGUCUAUGGAGUAAUGCUAGGGAUGGGAAGCGCACUCGAGACGCUCUGCGGUCAAGCUGUUGGUGCAGGGAAACUGCACAUGUUGGGUAUCUAUAUGCAAAGAUCAUGCAUCAUCACUGGCAUCACAGCCUUGCUUCUAACCCCAGUUUAUAUCUUUGUAUCGCCAAUACUUCAAAUCCUUCGUCAAGACAAGCAUAUUUCUGAUCUUGCUGGGAAGUACUCUAUGUGGGUGAUUCCACAAUUAUAUGCUUAUGCCUUGAACUUUCCCAUUCAAAAGUUUCUGCAGUCUCAAAGUAAAGUUUGGGUUAUGACCAUCAUCUCCUUAGUGGCUCUGGCAUUACAUUGUCUUUUGAAUUGGGUGUUUCUGCCAAAGCUUCAAUAUGGACUUUUAGGUGCUGCCAUAGCUGGAAAUAUAUCAUGGUGGUUCUUGGUCGUGGCUCAAGUGAUAUAUGUGGUUGGUGGUUUCUUCCCUGAAACAUGGACUGGUUUCUCUAUGCUUGCUUUCAAGUCACUAGCUGGCUUCGUGAAGCUGUCGCUGGCGUCAGCCAUUAUGUUAUGCUUGGAGCUAUGGUAUUACACGGCUGUUAUUCUAUUGGUGGGAACUUUGAAGCAUCCAGAAAUAGCAGUUGAUGCCAUUUCGAUCUGCAUGAAUAUACAAAUGUGGGCUCUGAUGAUUGCCCUAGGCUUCAACGCUUCUGUGAGUGUGCGAGUGUCCAAUGAACUAGGUGCCGGAGAUGCCAAAGCAGCAAAGUUCUCGGUGGUAAUCAACGUUUUCACAUCCACGGUAAUAGGAAUUAUCUUUACAGCAGCAGUAGCUGCAACUACGAAUGAUUUCCCCAGGAUAUUUACCAACCAACAAGAAGUCAUGACAGAGACAUCAAAGCUCGGUUACUAUCUCGCAGCUACAAUCUUCCUCAAUAGUAUCCAACCAGUUCUUCAUGGGGUGGCGGUUGGUGCAGGAUGGCAAUUCUUCGUUGCCAUAGUGAACGUUGGAUGCUACUAUGCUUUGGGGCUUCCAAUUGGAGCCUUGCUUGGAUUCAAGUUCAAGCUCGGUGCACUUGGCAUUUGGAUCGGGAUGCUGAUUGGCUGUCUAUUGCAGACUGUCGUGCUUCUCUUUAUUAUCUUUCGAGCGAAUUGGCAAAAGGAGGCUCUGAAGACCGAGAUACGCAUGAGAACAUGGGGCGGGCCAUCGGAACCUCCGGAGGCUACAUCAGAACCCCAUGAAACAAGCUGACUGAAUACAUAAUAACCACAUUGAUACAACAGCGAUUUUGCAAUAAAACCUUGCUGUCAAUUUUCUUCAUUUUUUUCUGAGUCCGAAUCACAAAUAGAAUUGUGCAGAUGAAGACAAGUAAGUUGAUACGAGAUAAUUAUAUCCGUGAUCUAGUCAAUUGUAUUUAAUUACGACAGCAGUAAUGUUAUACCAUCAUAACAGAGCCCUUGGGUUAUUUAUUGAA